AUGGGUUGUGAUUCAGUCCUCGAUCUGCUGCUCCUCAGUGCUGGUUUACUGUCAGUGACUGGGGGCUCUCAGACCCUGUUAACACUGGUGGCUGAACCUGGAGAUGAUGUGACCAUCUGGUCCAAUCACACUCUGGAUGAACCAGCUCAUAUAUUCUGGUUCAGGCACACAAAUGUGUCUGUUCCACAUCUCCUCACCUGCCAACAGUACAAACUGUAUUCCUCACCAGCAUCCUGUAGUUUUAUUCCCCAGAGCAGCCGAAUGGUGAUGACUGCGAACUCUGACAAAACGUCUCUCAGUAUAACUGAAGUUAAUUACACUGAUUCAGGACUUUAUUACUGCUGCAUUCAGAGGGACAUCUACAUAACCUUCAGCAACGCCACCUUCCUACUAGUGAGAGAUGUGUCGUCCUCAUUAGAGGGAAAUGAAACACUCUUCAAUAACAGAGCUUCCAGCUCUUCAGAUCUCUUCUUCAUGCUGACCGUGGUCUUCAGUGCUGUCAUCGUGAUUCUCCUGGGUGCUCUUAUCAUCAUUCUGAAGGGCAGGAAACAGUGCAGAGACGACGCUGGAUCUAAAGUGAAAGAAGAGAAAGAGGAGCAGGGUGCUGAACAGGUGAACUACGCUGCUCUACAGUUCCCCAGCAAGACAAACAGGAGGUCAGGGGGGCACAGUGAAGAACCCCAAGUCCUGUAUUCUUCAGUAAGACAUUAAAACUGUGUUUUAACACAACAUGCUUCUAUAUUCUUCAGUGUUUGGAACAGUGUUACAUAACUCAUUAUCAUAUGCAACUAAAGUUGUGAAAGUUUAGAAUUAGUAUACGGCAGCGUGCAAAAGUUUGUGCUCCCCCCGUCAAGUGACGUUGUUGAUUAAUAAGUGAAAAUUCAUCAGUGAACACGUUUUUUACAGUGAACACACUUAAAUA